GUUUCAGAUCUCGGAGCCCCCGUUUGCUUCGCAUCAUCAUCGCGGCCUCCCUUUCUCACUCUCUCUCCCGAUUUCUUACUCUUUCCGUCCCUUUCUGUCUCUUUGUUUGUGUGUGUGUGUGCUUUCUCUGUCUUUCUCUCUCUCGCCUUCUCUGUGACUUUGGUGCCCUGCACCUCCGGAAUGCACAUUUCCAUCGAGCUUCGCGCUGCUUCCCGAUCGCACACAUACCUCUUCCACCCCUUCCCUUACCGCCAUCCCUUCCCCCGCGUGCCACACAUUGUUCGUCAUCGUCCCUGCACUUGCCUCUGAUCUCUCCUCCACGUCUAAUCAGUGUGGACAUGAGAGAGGUUUUUUCCUUGGCUGGCCACGCUGCUGCGUUCUUUACCAGGGGUUUCUUUUCCACAAGCAUUAAAUCUUGUCAAUUGAGGUCAAUUUCGGCGGGGAUUGUUGCGGACAGAAAAUGACCAGAUUGCCUUGACCGUUCGGUGAAGAGUUCACUGCCUUAACGACGGGCUGAAGGCAGGUCGGUCAAUCUGGAUUCGGAAUGGGACAGCGGGAGCAACCAGGAAAUGAAUGACAAGGGUUCAUCUUCAGUGGAGAGCGUAAUGAAGGUCAACGCUCCUUCAACAUGGGGGAUCCAGGCAAUAUCUUUCGCUGUUUGGAUUCUCAUUUGCCUGAAGGUAGCAUACGAGUCUUUGGUUCUUAUGAAUGUGGCGACACUAGACAAAUUCCUUUACGAAGUAUAUUUAUAUUACAAUCCAGUUUUCUUAAUGUCUGCGAUGGUUUGGUUAUGGGGAGUAAAUGUGUACGUAUUUUUGACCAUGCGUUUCCCUUAUGCUAGAGUGUUUGAACUAGAUCCCAAUCACGUCAGCCAUCAGGAAAUUUGGAAGAUAGCAUCAUGGAUGACUGUGGCUGUGAUCACAAGCAUGACAGCAUACCUGUAUCUCUAUUCACACGGCAUGGUCUCGAUGGCAGCCUCACAACCAGUUUUGCUCUAUCUUAUGGUGCCAUUGAUGUUGGGACUGCCUUUGGAUAUGUUUUACAUGAAUACCAGAUUCUACUUCCUCAGGACACUUGUUCGCCUUACUUUUCCCAUUCAGCCGAUAUCAUUUGCAGACUUCUUUGUGGCGGACGUAUUGACUUCUAUGGCCAAAGUUUUGUCCGAUGUGGAGCGCUCUGCCUGUAGGAUGUAUCAUCGGCAGGUUGCAACUGUUGCAUGGUUGAAUGCAAACGACACGUGCGGAGGUCACUCUAUUUACAUCCCCAUCGUUCUGGCAUAUCCAUACUUGAGCAGAUUGCUACAGUGCUUAAGACAAUACCAUGACACCAAGGACAAGUCAUGUCUUUUCAAUGCGUUAAAGUACACAACAACCUUCCCGGUAAUCUUUAUUUCAGCUUUAAAGUAUCACGUGGAAUUACCGUAUUGGUUCAGUACCCUGCGGCCAUUAUGGGUGCUGUGUGCAAUUCUUAACUCCUGCUACUCAUUUUGGUGGGAUAUUACCAAGGACUGGGAUCUUGGAUGGAUGAGUGGCCCAUGGAAGCCUGUCAAACAGUCUCUUCGACCCACCCUAAUGUACAAUCAACCUUGGGUGUAUUAUUGGGCCAUAGGCAGCAACAUGGUGUUGCGAGCUGCUUGGACUUACAAACUAUCAGCACAUUUACGCCACAACUUCAAAACUGUCUUCCUUUUCUCCUUCUUGGAGAUGUUGCGUAGGUUUCAAUGGAUAUUCUUUCGAGUAGAAAUCGCUGCCCUCAAGUUGUCAAGUUCCACCGCUUCCAAUCCUCUUUCUCGGACGCCUGGAUCCCGUGGAAGAGCAGGCGUGAAUUCGAGACUCAGGAUUUCUACCAGAGGUGAGGAUUAAAUGAUUGAUGCAGAUGGUUGUGUUCUUACAAGAACGGGUUUUCAAACCAAUGAAUGAAUCAUGUUAAAUGAAGCCGCUCCUCUGAAGCUAUGGGGACGAGAUUACUCGAAGACAGCAAUGUCAAGAAGCAUCUCAAGAAGUGUAAAAUAUUUUCUUAUUAUCUUUCAUCCCUACUGCUCUAUUGGUUCAAGUUGAGUGGGAUUGUGGGCAGCUUUGUCUCUCUGGUAGCAGAGAAAGACAAAUCUUGGCUAUUGCUGUUAUGAUGAUAUAUCACAAAGGGAAGGGAUUUGGUCCCAUUGGGAAUCUUAAUCUUGAGCUCAAAAUUGUGAGAGGGAGAUCCAUUCAAGUGAGAUUGAUUUUUGUGAUUAAUUAGCUAUUUAUUGUGAAAAUCUGAUGUGUAAAUGGAGCUUGAAAGUAGAGCCAAAGAAAAAACGACUGACUCUUGAGUAAAAUACCAACUUUAUUUGUCAAAUGUCAGAAAGGGUUUAAUGUUAUUUUUCAUUAAAAUUGCAUGUAUGAAAUUUUUAAAAAUAUUACUAUUUUAAAAUGA